GGAAGAGGCAAUAUGCUGGAUCAGAUCCAUCUGCUGGCUGCUGUGACGGUCCUGGGCGUCCUGGAGCAAGCCUACUUCUUCCUCCAGGUGAUCCAUGCCAGGCGGGCGUUCGGCAUUUCUCCUCCAAAGGUCUCAGGCCCACCUGAGUUUGAGAGGAUCUUUCGAGCGCAGGUGAAUUCCUCCGAGUAUUUUCCCAUUUUCCUGGCUCUUCUGUGGCAGGCUGGCCUCUUCUUCCAUCAAGGUCUGGCUGCAGCCCUGGGUCUGCUCUAUCUCUGCUCUCGCUACUGCUACUUUACGGGAUAUAAAGCAUCGUCAUCGGAGAGGCUCGCUCCCAUAUACUUCAGCACCGGAGUUCUCUGGGUCCUCGUGGCAGCGGCAGCCCUGGGCCUCUCGCAUUUCUUCCUCACUCACUACAUGGGCCUGAAUGUCCUGCAGCUCCUCACAGUGUGACAGGUGCCUCGGUCCUCGCA